AUGAUCAGAAUACGAGGCGUGGACUCGUCUAAAUUUCUUAAUGGGCUUGUCACAACUAGGCUUCUUCCAAAUGUGGUGAAGAAAAAGCAGCACACCAUCAGCGAAAACGAAAAUCGUCAUUUGGAGCUCCAAAAACUCAUAGACCCGCUGACAAACUGGGGACUUAUGCAUGAGGACAUAUUUGAUCCAGAUGAAAACAUAUUUGUGCGGAGAGAUGGUGUGGCGUCGAUGUUUCUCAAUUCAAAGGGCAGAGUCGUCAACGACUGCUUCAUGUAUGCAUUUCCCUACCACACGCUUUGUGAAAGCUUUGGAAAAGAGAUAAACGAGGCGCAGUUUCUUGUGGAGGUUGAUCCUCGGUACGCACAAUCGCUUCAGCUGCUUCUCAAGAUCCACAAGCUUAGUGCCAAGGUGAAGAUAGAGGCGGUGGAAAAUAUGCAUUCUUACUACUACUUCAACGAGACGCCUGAAUUUGAAGAGUGGCUAGACGACUUACAGACGACGUAUAUGUGCACGGGAGAUCCUUCUGGGGCGUUGGAAAUGGCAAACAAGCUUGUUUCUGAGGAGCAUGUGUUCAACCGGAAUUUUGCACCCAACGUAGCUGGCUUUGCCAUUGACAAUAGGAUCCCGAACUUUGGGCUCAAGAUCUUGACCAACGUUGAAACGGAAGACCCGGCUGGUAUAUUCUCCAAGCGUUUUAAGGAUCGCUUCGAUGUGAAGGAAGUGCUGCCCAAUCUCAUCACCGACAGAAGGUUCGUGAACGGGCUUUUUGAAACGGCAGAUGCCCCACAGGGCAUGAGUCUCUUGCCGUUUGAGUGCAAUUUGGACUAUAUUAAUGGGUUGAGUUUGGAGAAAGGAUGCUACGUGGGGCAAGAGCUCACUAUUAGGACCUACAACGGUGGGGUGAUUCGGAAGAGGGUGGCUCCUGUAUCGUUCUCGGGGGACGAGGGAGAUUUGGAGAAGCUUGCUGCUGCAGAAGUUGGUGAUAUCUCUUUGGAGCCAGUCACCCAGGAAGCUCCUAAACAGGCUGCCUCUUCUCCUUUUGGGAACUCGAGCAAAACGAUACGAAAAAGCAAAAUUGGCAAGCUUCUAGCUGUGAGAGGAAGGAUGGGCUUUGCGUUGGUGAAUUUGGAUCUGGUUCAGAAGGACAAUCGGUUGAAAGUCGGCGUUCCUGGCGUGGGGAAAGACAUUGACGCCACGGUGCAUUUGCCAGAAUGGUGGCCUGAAGAGUGA